AUGUCUGCGUUGGAGGUGGAUCUACUCAACGGCGACAAACUGCCGGUGACCAAAACAGAACUGGCAGACCAGCUGGACACGCUUUUCAAGGGCGAUGUUUCCGAGUAUGUCGAAAAUGUGCUAGCCAAGCUGACGCAAACAUCUUCCAAGUACAAGUAUGUUGUGAAUGCGCACCUGAUCGAUUCCAAGGAGGCCGAUUGCGGGAUCCAGUCAUUUUUUGGUGCCGCGUGGAAUAGUUCUACGGAUGGCACGGCUACGCUGAAAAAAGAGCUGGACAACGGAUGGCUAGUGGUUACCAUAGUUUUUCUACGGCGAGAAUAG